GUUUGUUUCUGCCAUUCAUUUGUUCGAUCACGGCAUCUAUUGUACUACUCAUAUACUGCAUAUAACGAGAAAUUCCGGAAAUUCAGCAAAACUGUAAAAUCUACCUUCCCUACCAUGUCUGACAACGGCGAGAGCGAUCUUUGGUUAUUUGGAUAUGGAAGCCUGAUAUGGAAGCCUCCGCCCCAUUUCGAUCUACGGGUUCCGGGAUAUAUCGAAGGCUAUGUCCGACGGUUCUGGCAGGUAAUCGAAGACCAUCGUGGAACCCCUGAAGCUCCAGGUCGAGUCUGCACAUUGAUCGAUCGCCAACUAUGGGAGACACUCACAGAUCAACUGAUCGUGGAACAGCACACAUCCGCCCCACCCCGAACCUGGGGAGCGGCCUACCGCAUCCCCUCAAAACACGUCCCCGAAGUGAAAGAAUACCUCGACAUCCGGGAGAUCAACGGCUACAGCAUCCAAUACGUGCCCUUCCACCCACAACCCCCUUCCCCAACCCACUCCGACGAACCCAGCCCAUUCCUCCCACAAGGCGAGAUCAAAUGUCUCGUCUACAUCGGCCUACCAGAUAAUCCCCAAUUCCUCGGCCCUCAAGACCCACAAGCGUUGGCGGAACAUAUCGUCGACUCGAGAGGUCCAUCGGGGGAGAAUAAGGAUUACUUAUAUCAAUUGGAUGAAGCGUUGAGAGGCUUGAGUCGGGAUAGUGGGGAUGAGCAUGUUUCUGAUUUGGCGAGGAGGUGUCGGGAGGUUGAGGCUAGGAGAGGUAAGGGGGAUGAAAGAUAG